UCAAUAAAAAAGUUUACACAGUGUCACCUGUCACCUGUCUUUUGUCGUUUCCUUCUAAAAGCCAAACAAUAAUUUCUGGUUAGGCGCCAAGAAAUAGAUUCUUUUAGAAAAUAAAACUUGCCCGUUUACAAUAAAAGAAAAGCAACGACUUUUAGCAGCACAUAAAAUGGAAACUAUGGAAGUAGCUCCAACAGCAGUUCUUAACAAUCAUGUUACCAAGGGAGAGAAAAUGGAAGACAUACCUGCCGAGGAAAUGACCUCCAGAGACUACUACUUCGAUUCUUAUGCACAUUUUGGAAUCCACGAGGAAAUGUUAAAAGAUGAAGUAAGAACCCUCACAUAUAGAAAUUCCAUGUAUCAUAACAAACAUUUAUUUGCGGGCAAAGUUGUUAUGGAUAUUGGCUGUGGUACAGGUAUUCUUAGUAUGUUUGCUGCUAAAGCCGGGGCUAAAAAAGUUCUUGCUGUUGAAUGUUCGAAUAUAGUGGACUAUGCCAAACAAAUAAUCGAAACCAACAAAUUAGACCACAUCAUUACCAUUGUCAAGGGCAAAGUAGAAGAAAUAACAUUACCAGACGGCAUCGAGAAAGUAGAUAUUAUAAUUUCCGAGUGGAUGGGUUACUGUUUGUUCUAUGAGAGUAUGCUCGAUACUGUACUAUUCGCAAGAGACAAGUGGUUGCAGCCUGAUGGUCUUCUAUUUCCUGAUCGAUGCUCACUCUUUGUUACUGCCAUUGAAGACAGACAGUAUAAGGACGAAAAAAUCAACUGGUGGGAUGAUGUUUAUGGUUUCGACAUGAGUUCUAUACGCAAAGUAGCUAUUAGUGAACCUUUAGUGGAUGUGGUGGAUCCUAAACAAGUUGUUACUGGACCUGCUUUAAUAAAGGAAGUUGAUCUAUACACUGUAAAAAAAGAAGAUCUGGAUUUCACUUCACCCUUCAUGCUGACAGUUAGAAGAAAUGAUUAUGUGCAAGCUUUAGUUACAUAUUUUACAGUUGAAUUUAGCAAAUGCCAUAAGCGUAUAGGUUUCACCACUGCCCCAGACGCUCCAUACACCCAUUGGAAACAAACAGUGUUCUAUUUUGAAAACUAUAUGACAGUAAAGAAGAAUGAAGAAAUACAUGGAAUGUUUACCAUGAAACCUAACCCCCGUAAUAAUAGGGAUUUAGAUUUUGUCAUUGAACUACAUUUCAAGGGAGAGUUAGGCGAAGUGCAUGAAGUCAAUAGAUAUAGAAUGCGUUAACAUAUUUUUCUAGUAUAAGUUUUUUAUCUGUUACUACUAUUGCAGUUGUCAAAUAACUGUUAAGUUUAAAAUCACUUGAUAAAGAAUCUUUAAUGGAUCAUGUAAAUGAAAAACAUCUAUAAGUAGCAGUGGUCUAAUUGGACCACCAAAAUACCUUAGGGUUCAUGAAAUCAACAUUUGGUUUUGUCUUAAAACAAACUUUUCCCUUCGUUGUUCCAGUUUGUAAGUCCAAUUUCUUCUUCUUCUACGGCACUACAGCCCAAAUUGAGCUUUGGCCUCCUUUAUUUUUUGCCUCCACCCUUGCCUGUCUGUGGCUGCUCUUCUCCAUACACGGACUCCUAAAAGGGCUUGUGCGUCGCUGUUUACUGUGUCUUCCCAGCGCUUUCGUGGCUUCCCAACUGGUCUCUUUCCUUGCAUUAAAGCAUGCAGUGCUCGUUUUGGUAGCCUAUCCUCUCCCAUUCUUAUCACAUGUCCGGCCCAUUGCAAUCUUUGUAAUCUAAUGAAGUCUGACAGGGGCGUUUCCUUAUAAAGUUGAUAAAGCUCGUUGUUGUAUCGACUUCUGAAGAUUCCGUUUUCCCUCACAGGUCCUAGUAUUCUCCUAAGUACUUUCCUUUCGAAUGUGUAGAGUUUGUUUUUGGAUGUUUCUUUCAGCACCCAGACUUCACUGCCAUAGCAUGUUAUUGGUCGAAUUAAGGUUUUAUAGAUUCUCAUCUUUGUAUUUCGGUGGACACUUUUUGACCGAAAUAUAUGGGAGAGGGCAAAAUAAGCUCUGUUUGCCUGCGUUAUUCUCUUCCUUAUUUCUCCAUCUUCUGACCGUCGGCAUAUAUUUCUACUCCCAGAUAUGUAAACUUUUCAACCGUUUCAAUGUCAUCUCAUGUAUAAUGUUUUCUGGGACUAUAUUUCUUCUCGUCUGAGUCAUUAUUUUUGUUUUUUCUGUGGUAAUCUGUUGAUGUUCUACUCAUAAUAUUAAUAUCAUCAGCAUAAGCGGCCAGUUGAACCGUUCGGUUGGUCAGUAGAUUUCCUCGUCCUCGUAAGUCCAAUUUGACCACUGAUAAUUAGUGCUUUUAAUAUUUGAUUGAUGCAAACCAUAGCAGCUAGAUGUAUUUUAUAGCUCCUGCAUUAACACCUUGGCUGCGUCGACUGUGUUGUAAUGCAUGGUGAUAAAUACGGUUUACCAUAUUUUCAACUAAAAAUAUAAAUAUGUCUAAAUGCAGCCAAGGUGUUAAUUCCACAUACCAGUAUUUAACAGUAAGGAAUAGAUAGAAAAUAUCCAUUUUACCCUGAUUGUAAUACAGUAUAUCCUCCGUUAACCAAAACAUCGUUUAACUGAAAUGACUGAAAGUUUCAAUAACUUCAUCAAUAAAAGGUUUAAAAAAAAUUAAUUUAAAAAAAUCAAUAAAGUUAAGAAAAUGAACAUGUUUAACAGUUUGUCUUUUAAGAAAUCUCCUAUUUUCUUUUGGGUUUUCCUUUGACAACAAUGUUUUGCAGCCAUAUCUCUCCAAUAAUACGUCAUUUGAUGAUACCAGAAGAGUUCUUGUUAUCCGAAACAGCCUCCCCCCAAUUGUUUCGGUUAACGGAGGUUUUAGUGUAGAUCUGAAAAUAUAUACAAUAACAAACUUUCAGCAGAAUCUUUUACUUGUUUCAAAAAAGUUAAAAUUUGGUUUGUGAGAUCUAAAACUAUUAAAAUGAAUUACUAAAACGUAAAUGAGGUAAACAAAACAAUAUGAGAUAAAAUCGAGCAGAUAGUUAUGAAUAAACGAAUAAAUAGGUAGGAAUAUUUUUUUCAAAAUUGUUUUUAGUUUAUAAUAAUUCGUAUUGUUUUUGAAUGAUAUUAUGGAAGUGUUAAUAAUUUAUUCCAACCAUGUAUUUUACUUACAUUAAAAAAAAAGGUUGAAAAUAUACUACAAAAUUAGAAAGAUGCAAUUAACAUAAAAUUUUCAUCAUAUAAAUAUAUUUUAAAUAGUUUAUUUCUAAAUCAAUUAAAAAACAAAUGCCAUCAAAAUCUCGAGAAAUCAUAAAUAUGUUUAUGUUUAACAAGAAACAAGCUUACUGAAAGAGUAUAUUACUUCGUAUUUUUCUUCAUGUAUAUUUCUGGAUUAGUGGAAGCGAUUCUUAGCAAAAGGUAUGGUUGUGUUCUACAAGUUUUUAUAAAAAACAAUACUUAAAAAGUAAUAUCGCGCUAUUCAAUACCAGCAAAACAAGUGGUAAAAAACACCUUAACUGUCAUGAAAAUGUAGUGGUAUGUCUGUGAUAGUUUCAAUGGUCCUUUAAAGAAAUCUAUCUUCCAUUUUAUAUUUGCAGUUCGAGGAUGACAAAAGUGAUAAAAGAUAAAUCAACUUAUACUUGAGUGAGGAAGUUAACUUUACUCUGAAAAAACGCCUAGUCGUUUAAUUUUGUAUUAUGUAACCAAAUAGAUUAAUUCAACGACGAAAAAAUACCCCAGUUUUGUUUUCCGAAUUUCUUUGUAUCUCAACAUACAAAAACUGGCUAGAUUUAAAAGUUUCCGUUAUAUAACUUAAAAACAAACUAUUAAGUUAUGUUGAUGAUCUGUGACGAUUUAUUUUUUUUUAUAUCUUUUAAUUGAUAAGUAUUUAAUCCUUGAGUAAGAGUAUUGAAUAAACCAUGGAAUUUUA